AUGAAGUUAAUCUUACUAGCAAUUGUCACGUUAUUACCUUUAGCGCUCAGUUCUGCUGCUCUGAAAGCAUCGAAUGGGUACAUGAAGAUAGAUUUUAACAUCGAGUAUUCCAAACGAAACCUUUCAACAACUAAACUUCUUGGCAGAGAUGGUAAUUAUGGACUGCUAGAAGUGUACGAGCAAGCAUAUUACAAUUGCGAUCUCCAGGUGGGCUCAAACAAGCAACAUAUUACUGUUUGUUUAGAUACCGGUUCCUCUGAUUUUUGGGUAAUGGCCAGCGAUGUUAAAUGUUACAAAUUCAAGCGGGACUUUUCAUUAUUUGCCAGAAAUCAGUUGAACUUAGCCAAAAAGGAUCAAGUCAGUGGCUCCUCGAGUACCCAUUCCGGAGUUUCAACUUAUCAAGCUGAAGAUCAGGGUAACACCUAUUUUGGUGAAGCAUCUCCGACAUCCUGGUAUGGACCACUAGAAACCUGGUGUACUACACUUGGCAGUUUUGCAACUGAUGAGUCAACUUCUUUCCACAACAAUGACACUUACCCCUUCUACAUCGAAUACAUCAUGGGAAAUUUUGCUUAUGGAACAUGGGGGACUGACACGGUGGAAAUAAUGGGAUUUACUGUUCCUGACGUAAGUGUUGCCGUUGUCAACUCCACUAACAGCAUUCAAGGUGUUCUUGGUAUAGGGUUAUCUAGUUUAGAAUUCACAUAUCGUGACUUUGGAUACCAGUAUGCCAACCUUCCAAUGCGUUUGAAGGCCGAAGGCAUUACCAAAAAGAAUAUGUACUCAUUGUUCUUGAAUGAGGUGGGUGCCAAAGGGACGGUUCUUUUCGGAGCAGUAGACCACGCAAAGUAUACUGGCACGCUUCAAACUCUUCCUCUUAUCAACUUGUAUCCACAAAUUUAUGAACACCCUUCUGAGUUCAUGGUCUUGUUGAACAGCAUAACAUUGGAAGGAGCAAGUUUCAAUCAAACUAUUACAAGCGUAACAAUUCCGGGAGUGUUGGAUUCUGGUUCUCCUGUCAGUUCUUUCACAAGGCCGCUUUUCAACCGGUUUCGACAAACUUUCAACGCUGAAGAUAUGGGAACAUGGUACAAAGUUGACUGCAACUACAAUACUGAAAGUAUGAAUCUAUUCUUCGACAUUUCCGGCAUUCAAAUUAAAGUUCCGAUGUCUGAGUUCAUCGUCAGAUGGAAUGGGGUUUGCUACCUUAAUAUUGAGGAAGUUCCUGAUCCUAUUGGCGAUGAAGUGCCCUCUAUUGUCUUAGGAGAUAACAUCCUCCGAAGUGCUUACGUUGUAUAUGAUUUGGAUGACUACGAGGUUCUGAUCGCCCAGGUAAAGUAUUCAGACGACGAAGAUAUCGAGGUUGUCACUCUGGCUAUCCCACUGGCAGUACGAGCACCCUCUUAUUCGGAGCUGACCUAUGACACUGCCGCUACUGAUUCAGGUACUGUCUCAGUAGCUCCCUUGUCAGUAGCAGUAACUGCCUCCAGUUCACAGACUCAUCGUGUAUCCAACGAAAUUUCACAGACUGAUCAUAUUUCCAACGGAAUUUCACAAACUGACGAAUAUUCAGAGUGGAAUUUGGAGUCUGAUGAUUAUUCAGAAGUGAGUUUAGAGACUGGAUACAAUUGGACAUUAAUGACUGAAGACUCCAAUUGGACAGAUUUUUACAAUUCGGACUUCGAAUACUCGACGGAAGAUUGGGAAAGUUUAUUCUCUUAUACUCCAUUUUCAUACAGCACAAUUCUGUACAGCCUGUCGCUGUUCCCUACCUUCCCAACGUCCAUGAAUACCGGGACAACAACGGACGCCCCCAAACCCCACAGAAACUCGGCCAUGAAAUCAUUACGUUUCGAAUAUUCGCUUGCAUUGAUUCUUGGACUUUUGGUGUUCACUUUUGUUGAGUUUGUAUAG